AUGGUGGCUGAGGAUGAGCGUGUUGCUGAAGAGGAACACUCACUAGAAGCCCUGAGUCCGUGUACUGUUCUGGAGUUUCAGGAGCAAACAAAAGUGUCACAAAAAGGUCCUUUUGAUCUUCUGGAUGAUCCAGAUAUGUUUCCAGAAGGUGGUUGGGCGGCGUAUCUGGUGGUGUUGGGGUCAUUUUUUGGAUUCUACGGCUUGUUGGCAUUCACAAAUGCUUCGGGGGUGCUACAGAACUAUAUCAAGGACCAUAUUCUUACAGGGUAUGAUUCUUCCACCAUUGGAUGGAUUUUUUCAAUCAACUCAUUUGUGGGUUUUGGAGGUACACUUGUGCUGGGACCAAUAUUUGAUCGAAUUGGUGCCAAAAUACCCAUUGCAGUGGGUAUAGUGUUCACUAUGGUGGGUCUAAUGUGUAUGUCGGUUUCCACAACCAUCUACCAGUUUAUUCUAAGCUAUGGAAUUGCCAGUGGAAUUGGAUUGGCUCUCACAUUUGGACCGUUUGUAGGUUCUAUUUCACAUUGGUUUCUUCGGAAACGAGGCCAGGCAAUUGGAAUUGGUUACAUUGGAGGAGCCGUAGGUGGUCUUACACUUCCUGUUCUUUUCCGCCUGUUGCUCCCCAAACUUGGAUUUGGAUGGUCCAUUAGAAUUGCAGCAUUUAUUUGUCUUUUCGCUCUUGUUGUUGGGUUCUUAUUGGUUCGUGAUAGAAGACACAUUUUGCAUCCUGGUCAAACCCAUUCCUCAAUUGGAGAUCUCACUAUGCAGAUAAUAAGAUCGAUCGAUUUCACAGCCUUCAGACAAAAAAUCUACACCUGCCUAGUUCUCGCGUUACUAGGCAACGGUUUUGCAUUUUUGGUAACCCAGACCUACCUCCCGCUGUAUGCGGUGUUUCAUGGCUAUAAUGAGUCUCAAGCUUACCUCUUAUUGGUGGUUUUCAACUCAUUAUCGAUUCCCGGAAGAGUGCUUCCAGGUUGCGAUGGCAGACAGAUACGGCCGGUUUAA